AAAAAUUCAAUUUUUUUCUAAAGGGAAAAAAAAAAGAUGACUUGUAGCUAUUGUCAAUCAGACAAAACUGUUCACCUUUUACAACAAGAAUUAAGCAAGAAAAAUCAACAAUUAAAACGACUAGAACUUGACUUGCAAACAUUAAAUCAAAAAUAUGUUGCUCAAAUUGAACAUGUAGGAAACGUUGAGCAUGAAAAAGAUUUAGUUGAACAUGAAUUAGAAGAGCUUAGUCGACAUUUAUUUGAGGAAGCAAAUGCAAUGGUUGCAGUCGAGAAGAAAGCACGUUGGAAGAUAGAGAAUGAAUUAACACAAACAAAAGAACAACUCCUAGCAGAACAAACUCAACUCUCUGAAUUAAGACAAAAAUUAUUAGCAACCGAACACCUUACCGAAGCUUCAAAAGAUCCUGUUUUAUGCCGAGAAAAAGAUGACUUUCAUCAUAAUUGUGAUCAUCCUACCUUGCAUACAACACAAUUAGAUCUAGAGAAUUUAUACGGGAUAAAACACAUGAACAGUACAAGGAAUACCAUCUCGUAUCAAAAUGAUUAUAACAAUGAACAGCAACAAAGAACUAUCUCUAUGCCACCUACACCUUCUAAUUCAGAUCAUACGAUUGCUAUGAAAAAGAAAAAAAGAAUAACCUCAUCUGCUAUUGAUGGUAUCCAACUAGAAACAUUUAGAGAAUAUAUUACUUUAGCAUCUUCACAAUCAAUAUCUACAAAGAAACUAAAUCAAACACAUUAUAUGAAAUAUUGUUUAUCAGAAGAUAUUGAGCCUUGUCUAAGAUUUGGAUCACAAUCAAAAUUAUCUGUAAAAAAAAUGAUAGAUUAUCUAUCUAGACAGCCUUGUUUUAUUGAACAUGUACCUAUUUCUCCUAAUAUUACAAUCUCAAAGGAAAUACCACAACAGCAAUAUAAACCAAUAUGGGAACGAUUUUCAUCGAGUGCAACCUCAACCAACUUAAAAAAGCCAUUUAUAAUAUCAGAUAUAUGUUCUGCAUGUGGGAGACAUGCUAACCCUGAAAAAUAUAUUAAAUUAAAUUAUCAAUUCAAGUUAGACGAACAAGAUCAUUGGCUACUGAUUGACCAAUAUUGCCGUGAUAGACUUGUUGCUGUUUGUGAGUUCUUUGUCUUUAUUCGAAAUAUUCAAAUGGGAUUAUAUAUGGAUAGAUCUAUUGAAGACUUAUACAUUGAAAACAUUAGGCUCAGAUUACAAAUGUUCUAUUCUCGUAUGGGUGCAUUACCUGUUAUCAUGAGUGACUCAAAUCAUGCACUAGAUCAAGCUAAUAACGUAGCUAAACCAAUAUUAAAAGAUGAUAUAUAUCUUUCAGAUGGUUCAAUAUCUACUGGACCAAAUACCCCUGAACAAAAUAUUAUUUCUUCUCCUUCGCCUAUUCAUUCUGCUUGGACGCUGGAAUCGUCUUCUUUUUCGACAUAAAUACUCUUCUUUAAUAUGCAGCAAUAAAUUUGUUUGUUUUUUUAUUACUAAUAUUAUUGUAUUUACAGAACAGGAGAUAGUGCUUUUUUUCCCCCUUUCCUUUCCUUUCCUUUCUCCUUUUUUUAUUAUUAUUAUUAUUAAAACACACUUAAAGUAAAGGUAAUGGUUCUCCUAUACGUAAAAUUGUUUGUAACCAACGUUCAUCUUCUUCCCAAGGAAUGCCACUUUCUAAAAUGAUU